AUGGUAGUUUUGAAGUCAAAGCAAGAAGGAAGUAUAAGUAAUGUUUCGUCUAUAUUUCUUGCCAUUGGGAGAGAUAAAGUUUUGUAUCCCAGUCGAAAUUCAGGCCUAAGUAGGCGAUAUCGCACUAGUUCGUGUGUUCCAACAAGCUUGAAAGCAAGUUCUGCAUUAUACCUAGCAAAGACGACUAUGUGUGCUGGAUAUUUGAUCUUGUUAGCCGGCGAUGUGAAUAUAAACCCUGGGCCCGUAGGAAAUCGUGCUCUGGAAUGUCCAGCUUGCUGUAAAAUUAUUAGAUGUAAUCAAGCUCGAUCGUCAUGUAUGCUAUGUGAACACAGCUACCAUCUGAAGUGUCUCGGAGCCGAUUACGAUCUUACGGGAUAUUGUCGACAAUGUAGUGUACCUUCAGAUGAUUUAAGAUUUGAUAUUGAAGAGUUAAAUAUCUCUCCAAAGCUGGCUAAAGUAAUCGAGCUUCGUGGUCUUAAAAUCUUGCACCAGAAUAUUCAAAGUCUCCGUUGCAAAAUUGACGAACUGAGACUUCUGUUACAUAAGCUUAACUCUGGUGUUCAGUUGUUGGCUAUAACAGAGACGUGGGCUAAUCGUAAUAUAACGGAUGAGGAAUUUGAAAUACCGGGGUAUAACUUGUAUCGAAAGGAUAGAGGAAGUAAAGGCGGAGGAGUAGCAGUAUUUGUCAGAAAUGAUUUGGUAAUUACGAGGGGAGAGGAUCUGGAGAAAUCGGAUGUUGAAGGACUGGAGAUAACUUUACCAAAAUCGCGUAGUUUUCUCCUGGGAACAUUUUAUCGGGCGCCGAAUUCUUCGACUUACUAUGAUAAAAACUUUAUGUUUAAACUAGAAAAUAUCCUGGACAUUGCUGUCUCACAAAACCAGGAAGUAAUUUUAUUAGGUGACUGGAAUACCAAUUUCUUGCAACCCAAAGCUACCAUUGCUGAAUGUAAACAAUUGAAAGCGCUAUUUCGGACAUUGUAUUUUAAACAACUGAUCAAUGAACCGACUAGAAUUACUAAGGACUCACGCACACUUAUAGAUUUGAUAGCUACAAAUAACCCACAGAAUAUAAGCGAUUCCGGAGUAAUACGUACCAGCCUGAGUGAUCAUGAGAUGGUUUAUUGUGUUCGCAAAUUGAAUUGGAAAAAAGCACCAUCCCAAACUAAAACGUUUAGAAACUAUGCUAAUUACAAUCAUGCAAAUUUUUGUGAAGACCUCAAAAAUGUUAAUUUACGUCCCGAAGGCGAAGAAAGUUCAGCUGAUGUUAAUCAGCUCUGGGACGCUUUUGAAAAUGGCUUUAUUUCCAUUGCCAAUAAACACGCACCUGUUAUACAAAAGCGCAUACGUGGAGUUGAUAAUAGUCCUUUUCUGAACAAUGACAUAAGACGUGCUAUGCAUGAACGCGCUUAUUUUCUUAAAAAAGCGAGAAAAUCUGGGCUUGUUGAAGAUUGAUCGACUUACCGUUGUCUUAGAAACCGCGUGACAAACUCGAUCAGAAGGGCAAAGGAAUCAUAUAAUAGGCGUAUUAUUGAGGAAAAUAGCAAUGAUAGCAAGGCGUUUUGGAAAACGAUAAAAAAGGUUUUACCAGGCGAAAGUAAGAAAUUAUCUCCUACUAUGUUUGAUGAAAAUGACAAUGUUUGUCACGAUAAGCAUCGUAUCGCGAACAUGUUUAACAGAUUUUUUGUGACUGUCGUUGAUCGUCUUCGUGAGUCAUUUGUGACUCCCAUGGUGGCUACUUGGAAUUAUGUCGCUGUUGGGCAUCUACAACAAUCUCACCGCCAACCUUUUCAGUUUAACGAUGUCACAGAAAGUUUCGUCUUAACUCAACUUAGUUGUUUAAAGAUACGGAAAGCUCCUGGUUUGGAUAAUAUCCCCCCUCGUCUUCUUAAAGACAGUGCUACUAUUAUUGCCGAGCCUCUCGCGAAUAUUAUCAAUGCUUCCUUACGUCAAAUGCAAGGUACCCGAUGCUUGGAAAGCCGCCCGCGUGAUCCCGUUGUUUAAGAAGGGAAAAGUUGAAAAUGUAAGUAACUAUCGGCCAAUUUCCAUCUUAUCAGCCGCGUCAAAACUGCUGGAAAAAGCUGUUCACAUGCAGCUUUGUGGUUACCUGUUGGAGCAUAAGAUCUUGAGUCCGUACCAGUGUGGCUUUCGCAAGCUCCAUUCUACCCAAUCUGCUGCUCUCUCGUUCGCUGAUACCAUCAGGCGUAACAUUGAUCAAGGAAUCAUGACUGGAGCUGUGUUUAUAGAUUUAAGUAAAGCCUUUGACAGCAUUGACCAUAGCAUCUUAUUGAAGAAGCUCUUCUCUAUGAGUAUUGUUGGCAGGGAACAUGAAUGGUUUGCGGACUAUCUUCGUGGUAGAACGCAAAUUGUUGAUUAUCAAGGAACAUUUUCAGAUCAAGAGGCAGUUAUUGUUGGUGUACCCCAAGGGUCUAUUCUCGGCCCUUUGCUGUUUGUAUUACAUGUGAAUGAUUUGCCGAGUGUUAUUCGACAUUGCCAGAUUCUUAUGUACGCCGACGGCACAGUAGUUUUUUAUUCUGGGAAGAUUGCGUCAACAAUUUUGAGGAAACUUACUGAAGAUCUUGAUGUUAUCGGUUCGUGGCUAUGCAGUAACAGUUUGUUUCUAAAUGUAACUAAGACUGAAGCUAUGUUGUUUG